GGUAAGACAUUUGCUGGUGGCUGCAUCAAACACAUUAGCUACGAGCUGGCAGCGUUAAACCGCCUGUGACAGCAGCGUUUCGCUCAUUGCAGUCGGAAGACCAGCUUUCACAAAACACGGGAUAGCCGAGCGCAUAGAACAUCAAUACAUACAACGUUAGUGCCUCCACGUUUAUUUUACUGCUUGCCUCGAGGCCCUGUGGAACUGUUCGUCGCCGCGCAACAGGAUGGACAGCUUGCAGAACGUGACGCUCAAGACGCAGUCGGGCCAGACGGCUGUGGUGUCCGCCUACGCGGGACACCUGCUGUCUUGGACCAACGCUGAGGGCCAGGACUACAUCUUCAUGAGUAAGAACGCGGUGUUUGCACCGCCCAAGGCCAUCCGCGGCGGCGUGCCGGUCUGCUUCCCCCAGUUCUCCAACUUCGGGCCCCUGGGCCAGCAGCACGGGUUCGUGCGCAACAAGCAGUGGCGCCUGGUGGAGAGCAACGAGUGGUCCGUGACGCUGUCGUACAGCUAUGACGGCACGGAGUUUCCGGACUACCCGUACCCCUUCGAGCUGACAACGCGUGUGGAGCUGUGCGACGACAACCUGGAGCAGACCCUCACGGUCAAGAACACGGGCUCCGCGCCCAUGCCCUUCACCGCCGCGCUGCACACCUACUACACCGUCAGCGACAUCGCCAACGUCAGCGUGGAGGGACUCAAGGGCCUCACGUACCUGGACAGCACCGACGGCCGCAAGGAGAAGGCGGAGGCGCACGAGGCGGUGGCCUUCCCCGGCGAGGUGGACCGCAUCUACCUACGUGCGCCGGAGGUCAUCAAGAUCCACGACUCGGGCGCGCCGGGCGGCGGGCGCACCUACGAGGUCCGCAAGCGCGGCUUCCCGGACGCCGUGCUGUGGAACCCGGCUGAGGCCAAGGCGGCGGCCAUGUCGGACCUGGGGUCGCCCGAGUGGAAGCGCAUGGUGUGCCUGGAGCCCGGGCUGGUGGUGUCGGACCCGGUGCAGCUGGCGGCCGGUGAGAGCUGGAGCGGCGCGCAGGGCCUGCGGGUGCACCGGGCGGGCGUCAAGCUUUGAGCGGCUGCCUUUCCCUGGUGGAGGGCGAGACCGUGCAACCGGAUGGAGCUCACUAGACAGGAAGACUUGUGUGGAUACGGUAAGGUGCGGGCCCACGGGGCGGAGGGAUGGUGUCGUGGUAAGACGGCAAUGUGAAGUGCCGCGCGCCGUGCAUUGUGGGGCGUUGUGCGUGAGUUGCGGAGUUGUGCGGGUUACAAGAACUAAACCCUGAGUCGAGACAAAGGGCGCUGGCAUGCAGUUGUGGGACAGGUGCGGCGGGGCUGCGAUUGAGAGAGCUGAUCAUAAUACAUGUUUGGAUUCCAGGGCUGUCCCGUGGUCGAGGGUGGAGCGCCCCAAUCGCUGCAUCCCGCUGUAUCUGUGAUGGGACUUGUGGGAGUUGUGAAGAAUGGCCGAGUUCUCGGACGCUGUCCAGGGACCCAAAGCGGCAAACUUUAGAGGUGGAACAGCCGAUGGCCGUUUGGGUCUCUAGUUGUUUAUUGGCUAAGGGCGUUACGACGGUGUCUGGCUAGAUUGCACCCUUUGAGGCGGAGGGGAGUCGUCAAUGCUGCAAAGUGCUGCAGGGGUGCUCCGGCACAAACCCAUGACUUCGUCACUGUCAGGUGGCACAGACUUGAUGUAAUUGUUACUGCGC